CGUGACCCAGGACAUCGCGCGGUCAAUUGUACAUGCACUGUUUCAACAAACAGCUGAUUCGACGUUCGACUUUUUCGCGAUAUUAUGAUCAAUGAUAUUGAUAGCAGCUAGCCGUACGACAUACGUCGUCUUGACUUAAUUUUGAGUUUUGAUAUAUUUUCGUUCGUGUUUUGUCACUGUUUUUCACACGUUCCCAAUCCGUACGAAUAAAUCAAUAUGGGUGGAGAUUUAGGAAAUCUUAAAAGUGACAUCCGUGGAGUAAUUACUACCAAAUUGUCUCCAUUUGAGCAAAAAGCAUUCAAAGGAAUUAUUUCUCACGGAGUUCCCAAUUCCAUUAAAAGGGUAGCCUCUAAUUUGCCAUACAUAGUUCCACCAAUGAUUGUUGGUUAUCUCGUCUACGAUUGGGCUGUUCAUGCACAUCAUGAAAGUUUGAGGAAGAAUCCUGCUGACUUUGCCAACGAUAAAUAACUUUUUUUUUAAAUUCUAUUGUAAAAGUUAAUCAUCUUAAAUUGUUAGGUAUAGAAAAAAAUUUAUUUGUCAAUCGUGAUUAUUUAUAAAGCAACAGUAAAAAUGUAA